GUGAGGACGCGUGAGCUUAUUCCCAGUGACGCGUAACAAUCGUGAACAUCGAAAAUAUGCUCUCCCUCGGUAGGAAUCAAUUUCCAUGAAGCGACCUCUGCUGCUUGAUACACCAAGUACAAUAUUCAGAGGAAUGUUAACAAACAAGCAUUCAAAGUGAACUCUACAUCAGUGUAUCAUUCUGCGAUAGAAAGUGAAGAAGAACGAGGGCGCCUGCAGCCAUGGCAGCGAGACGCGCCCUAUAUGUUGACAAAACUUGAAUUAAUGCGCGCUCGGUCGUCGUCGGAAGUGGUAGUGGAACCAGAAACCAGUGAUUUCGAUCCCGCGUCACCGUUUCGGAACAAUGUUGAAUGACAAGCCACAAACGGCGCGGUAUUAUUAUUAUUCAGUGCCAGUAGCGAAACGAAAGUGCGAAUUCCAAACAAAUCCCACAACGGUGGCCAAAAAUGUACAAUAGCAACAAUACCGCCGCGACCGUUAGUGAUGCGUACGGUGGCAGUGUCAGCGACGGGACCACCAACAAUGGCGGUGACAAUACUCGACCGGAAUUCCAGUGUGAUUGUGUGUGCUUGUGCUGUUGUCAGUGCUAUGACGUUAAACCAUCGAUGGAGAUCAUACCCGUCGCCGCACUGAACAACAACAAUGCAAUCGACAAUACUCACAAAAUUAACUCACAGGAUCUCGUUGUACAUCGGUUGCGGCGGCGACGCCGGAAACGUCGAGCCAAAUCCGGUAACUUUGAGCAACUGCUCAGUUCCAGCGAGAAUCCCACCAAAGCAUCUAGUCUGCUGAUUAACGGUUCUCAUCUGAACCGCCGAAAUUCAGCCUAUUGCAUCUGCAAGCUCCAGAUCAAAUUCGUAUGGUAUGAGUUGUCGCAGGAUCUGUUGGACAAGCAGAUCGAACUGUUGGAGCGCAAGUACGGUGGAGUUAAGGCGCGCACCGCAGCCCUCACCAUUCAGCGGGCGUUCCGGCACUACACGAUGGUGAAGAAGUUUGCCUCGAUUACAGCAAUGGCCAAGGCGGAGAAGCGCAUGAGCCGAAGGGUUCAACACCAGCAGCAGCAGGCGGAACUGGAAAUGAUGCAGCAACAGCAGCAGCUUCACCAGAGCCACCUAGCGGAGGAAGGGCAGCAGUACGAGGAUGGUAGCCUCGUCGGUGGACAGCGCGUUUGUGCCACAAUCUCCGCCACCCCGCCGGGAACGCUACACCACCGGGUUACGCCGGUCCGAUCGAUGUCCCUCCGCGAGCGUCGUCUCGAUAGCAGUCCGAUUCCCCGCAGCCAAUCGGGAACCGCUUCGCCUGCCCCACCUGCCAACAGUUCCUGGUCCCAGAGCCAAAUGUCCACAACGGUUGCGACCGGAUCGCCACAGCAACAACAACAACAGCAGCAGCAGUACUCGCACCCGCACGUAAAUAUCCUGCACCAACAGCAGCAGCAUUACUACAGUAGCGGAGGAGUCCCUUCGUCCUCGCCCCACCAGCUGCAACAGUACCAAAGCCAAUACGGAUCCCAGGAUCUGAACAUCAGCGGUGGCAGUUCCGUGCUGGACUCGACCAUUUCGUCUAUGAAUCUGUCCUGGAACAGUGGUUCCGGAACGGCCAUUGUUGCCACUGCCGGCAGUGCACACCAAAGCCCCUACACCCCACAUUAUACGGCCGCACAGAUCUACAUGCGCCCGCGUGGAAUUGGCAUCGGAAGUUCCGGUGGCAGUUCCGGAUCGGCCGCCAGCAGCUGCAGUGCCAGUCGCAAAGUGCCACCGGAAGUACCAAAGAGAACGUCUAGUAUCACCUCCCAGCACACACCGAACCGAUCACUAAGGCCCAACGGUCUCUGCAAAACGGCCGAAAACGGAUCGCUCAGUUCGGUUCAGUCAUCCGGCAGCGAUUCUUCGGCUUCGGCCGAACGAAUACAAGGCGUCGGGGAGCUGGGAUCGGAUCGAUCCAGCUCACCCCAGUGGAAGCGAAAGGGGCCGGGUAGCAGUAGUGGAAGCGCUACCGGAAUCGUUAUGACCGCUCAAAGUCCGGACCUGAUGAUCAGUGCAACGACGGGGACCGGAGUGCAGAGUGGCAGCAGUGCCAACGUCACCAUCAGCAGCAUAGAAAACGAAUGUCUCAGCUCACAUACCAGCGCCGCACAGUAUUCGAUGGAGCAGCACGACCAGAUAGUGCACACACCCACCAGCUACAAGGUUUCGGAAACGAUCCGGAAGCGACAGUACCGGGUGGGGCUGAAUCUGUUCAACAAGAAGCCCGAACGAGGUAUAACCUAUCUGAUUCGGAAGGGCUUCCUGGAGAACACCCCGCAGGGUGUAGCUCGGUUUCUCAUCUCGCGCAAGGGUCUCUCCCGGCAGAUGAUUGGCGAGUACCUCGGAAACCUGCAGAACCAAUUCAACAUGGCCGUACUGGACUGCUUUGCCGGCGAGCUGGAUCUCUCUGGAAUGCAGGUCGACGUAGCGCUGCGCAAGUUCCAAGGCUACUUCCGAAUGCCAGGUGAAGCGCAGAAGAUCGAACGGCUCAUGGAGGUCUUCUCGGCGCGGUACUGCCAGUGUAACACGGACAUCGUGGCGCGCCUUCGCUCGAACGAUACCGUCUUUGUGCUGGCAUUCGCCAUCAUCAUGCUCAAUACAGAUCUGCACACCCCGAAUCUGAAACCGGAACGGCGCAUGCGCUGUGACGAUUACAUCAAGAACCUGCGCGGAAUCGACGACUGUCACGACAUCGAUCGGGACAUGCUGACCGGGAUCUACGAGCGGGUCAAGGCGAACGAGUUCAAACCCGGCUCGGACCACGUGACGCAGGUGAUGAAGGUGCAGGCGACCAUCGUCGGAAAGAAACCGAACCUGGCCCUGCCGCACCGCCGUUUGGUGUGCUACUGUCGGCUGUACGAAAUUCCGGACAUCAACAAGAAGGAACGGCCCGGAGUGCACCAGCGGGAGGUGUUCCUGUUCAACGAUCUGCUCGUGAUCACCAAGAUCUUCAGCAAGAAGAAGAGCUCGGUCACGUACACGUUCCGCAAUAGCUAUCCGCUGAGCGGAAUGGUGGUCACGCUGCUGGAUGUGCCGAACUACCCGUACUGUAUCCGCCUGUCGCAGAAGGUCGACGGCAAGGUGCUGGUCACGUUCAACGCCCGCAACGAGCACGACCGGUGCAAGUUCGCCGAGGACCUCCGGGAAUCCAUCAGCGAGAUGGACGAAAUGGAAUCGCUCCGCAUCGAGGCCGAACUGGAGCGGCAAAAGUCGGCCCGCGGCCAGCGGGGUGCCAACAGCGAGAACCGCGACUCGGGCGUUGCCGACGUGGAGGUCUGCGCUGGCCAGUAUCACCACCAUCAUCUUCAUCAAGGUAGUGGCCCGAUCGGCGGCGGUGUCUCGCCUAGCGAAUGCGGAAUUGCACACACACAUAGCGAAGCACAGUUGAAGCGAAGCGCUCUUAGCAAUUCACUCUUAGAUAUGCACGAACAAUUUGGAAAUGAGAAGCCUCAACGGCGUGGUAGUGUUGGCUCGCUUGAUAGUGGAAUGUCGAUCUCAUUUCAAUCCACCUCCGCAAGCACGGGUUCACGUAGUGACAUUAAGGUGAGAAUGCUGCCUCAUAGCAACACAUCCGGUCAGAUCAUAAUGCAUGCCGGCCAACAUGCCACUGCCCUGAUGGGUGCCAUCUAUCAUCAGCAAAUUCUGCAACAGCAACCGCUACCAACAGCAGCAGUGGCAGCAGUCGCCGUGGCAACGCAGCCAAUCAACGGACAACCACCGCAGCAGCUAGUGGCGACGCAGCCAAAUCAGCCACAGCAACAACUUCCGGUGACGCGACGAGAGCGGAAACUCUCCCGCUCGGAAGACGGUGCCACGUUGACCGCGGCCAACGGUGGCGUGGUUGGACGCUCAACAGAAGUCUAAGCUUUCUUCUGGUUCUAUACAUGCUUCAUAGUAGUAGAAAUCUGCAAAAA